AUGAACACGCCAAACAACUCAAACUCGCCAAUGGAUGACGAGCAGCAGCAGCAACCCAAGUCGCUGAUGGAGGUCUUGUUCGGGACGAAGCUGAAGGACAGCGACAUAAGCGAGAGAGCGAUUGAGAGGGCUCUGGACUACAAAGUUGAGCAGGAGAGGACGAAGCAGCAGUACUACAGACUGGAGAAUAUAAACAGGUCGAUCGAGCUGUUCAAACUGGCGAGGGACCUGGGCGUUCCCUCGCAGGAGAUAAGCAGGCUGUUUAGUGCAGAGUCCUCUCACGUACCUGCGGUACCUGCGGUAGCGAAGAGCGGUGCUGGGACGAAUCCGACGCCUUCGGCUCCUCCACUGUCGCGAAAUGCGACUAAAAAUGGCCGAUCUAGCUCACUAGAGUCAGGAUCUGGAGGCGCAGACUCUCUGAGCAGACAGCCCCUCAGCUAUAGGUUCCCUCCUGCCGGGAGUAAUCUGCUACCGAGACCUGUAUCACUGACUAACAGCUCCAGGGAGCUUUCGAGCUGGAGAACUAAUUCACCUGCAAGGAUUGGCGCGUCAGCCGUUGCAGCUUUGAACGACUCUAUCGUAAUAAAAGAAGAAGACAAUCAUACAGCGGAGUCGCCGUUUUCUAGGAAAUCAACGUACCACAAUCGCAACCUUUCGCUGCCCAUUACAAAGUUAUAUAAUGCUACGAUACCUUCCGGAAUGACUUCAAUAUUAAGUUUCAACAAGGAAGAUGCGGAAAAUAGUAGUACUCAAUCGACCAUACCCACUACAGCGUCCACAUCUAACCCACAAGCUUUGACGUUCAGCAGUUCUCACACUACCACAACGUCAAACAACAAAAGCCACGCACCUAGCAAUGGUAAUACUAACGCUACGACGCUACGGAAACCUUCCGGCGUAGCCAAGAAACAUAGAAGAACAAGAUCUGCUUCCUCAUUUGGUGUGAUAGAUUUGAAUGUUAUAGAUGAGGCGAAACAGCGAGAUAUGCAAGGAAGAUCAAGUCACGAAAAACAUCACGAAUACGAUGAAAAAACAUGCAGUGAAAGUAGCAGUAGAAAUGAAAGUCCUGUGCGCAAAGCCUCCGAUUCUACCGAUAUCAAAGCUCUUAAUCCCGUUGCAAAGUUGUUGAACAAUUCUUAA